AUGGUGUUCCGUCGAGGCGAUGUGUCCGGCCAUGACCAGACAAUAGAUCGUCAAGAGCCCAACAAACAUGUCACUAUCGUGUCCUGGGAUGGGCCACGAGAUCCCGGAAAUCCAUACAACUGGUCUCUGCGCGAGAAAUGGCUUCUCACAGCUCUCGCCGUGUUCGCCACCUUCAUGACCAUGAUAAACGGCACAAUCAUCACAGUAGCCCACGAUCCCAUGAAUGAACAGUUUAACAUUUCAGAUGCCAAUUUUCCUCACUCCUACUGGCCCGUCACGUCGUGGGCUGUAGGCGGCGGUUGUUUCUCCCUGCUGGUCCUCCCGCUCAUGGAGGACUUUGGUGUGCGAUGGGCGUUCCUGUACACCUACGUGACUUUCAUCUGCUUCGUCGUGCCGCAGGCUGUGGCACAGAAUUUUUACACGCUUGUAAUAACGAGAUUCUUCGCUGGAGGAUGCGUCUCCAUCCUCGCCAAUACCUCUGGCACGGUGAUUGGGAAUGUUUGGGACACUGAGCGAAGUCGCAACGUCCCUGUCAGUCUUUUCAUUCUUGCCUACUUGUCUGGGAGUAGUAUUGGACCCGUCAUUGGAGCUUCUAUCUACCAUGCCCUCACGUGGAGGUGGAUUGGCUAUAUCCAGCUCAUGUGGUAUGGUGCUUUCUUCCCUCUGUACUUCUUCUUGUUUAAGGAGUGUCGUGGAAUUGUAAUCCUAGGGCGGCGGGCUAAAGCUCUGCGACGUGAAGGCAAGAAUGCCUACACCCAGCAUGAAAUCGACACACAAGGCCAGUCGAUUUUGAGCAUCGUGGGCCACAGCGCGAUUAGGCCUCUUUUCCUAUUCUUCACCGAGUCUGUGGUGUUUGUAUCGACGCUAUGGUCCGCCUUUACCGUCGGUACUUUGUAUCUGUUCACUCAAUCUGUUGAGCAGGUAUUCGAAGAGCUGUAUGACUGGACACCAGCACAAGCUGGAUACGUCCAAUCGGCAGUCGUGAUCGGGGAGCUUUUAGGAUGGGUGGCCACCUUGUUCUCAGGCAAGCUUUACUUCGACUCGGCGUCCCGCAACAAGGAAAUCCCGGGCACGCCUAUCCCUGAGGCUCGGCUGUAUCUCGCUAUUGUGGGCGGUAUAUUCGGAAUUUCCGGUGGUAUGUUCACAUACGCCUGGACGUCAUAUCCGGACUUUCCGUGGAUCGCACCGGCUGUUGGUCUCGCCAUGGUAGGAGCCGGUAGCGUUAUUGUCGUGACAGGAAUCUCCGACUACGUGGUUGAUGCAUACAGCAAAUACGCGGGCAGUUGUAUGGGUAUUAUUGCCACCGGUGAGAACACCCUGGCGGCGUUCUUGCCUCUAGCUACUAGCAGCAUGUAUACUCAUCUUGGCCUCCAGUGGGCUAGUACGGUACUGGCCUUCAUUGCGUUGGCUCUGUCUUUUGCUCCAAUAUUGGUGCUUAUCUGGGGUAAAGAAAUCCGUGCGCGGAGUCCGUUCAUGAAGGAAGCUAUGGUGGAAAAGAGGAGGAAGAGUAUCGAUUCCGUCUGA